AUGGCCGACCGACCGCGUUUGGCAUCAGUAGGCGACAUCGGUAUGGCGAGGGCAACGGUAUCGGUGGUCGUCGUCGUCUGUUGGCUGCUGGUCGUGGUUCCUGCGUUCCCCGCCAAGCUCGGCUACGAGAGGUACAAGAAGGGUAACAGGGGACCAUUCGAGUCCCAGGAGAUCGAUUUUCCCGAAGACCGCAUCAUUGACCUGCCAGCGGUUGUGUUCCCAGAACCGGAGUGCAACUACGCCGUGAGGUUGGUCAGUCCGGCCGGGCCUGUUGUCAGAGGCGUCAGCAUCGGUGACCCGUUGUAUCACCAGUGGAGCUGCCACACGCCCGAUUCGCACUCCGAGCUCUACUGUAUGGUCGUGCGCAACUGUACCGUCGCCAACAACCAUGUGUCGUACCCGAUAAUCGACUCCGAUGGCUGCACCUUGGAACCGUCCAUCGUGCCGGACGUUACCUACGAAAGUGACCUCAACGGAGGCAUUUACGCCAGGGCCUUUUCCCUCGGAUACAGCGAACCAACACUGGCGUUUAGAUGCACUAUAAAUUUGCUCAUCAAGGAGAACGGAAAAUGCCCAAGAUCAGACUGUUCGAAACUGAGACACUGA